AUGUCUAAAAUCACAGUCGCCGGAGUCCGUGGUAACGUCAAGGAGUUGUUGGACUACUCCAACAAUGAGAAGAAGCGCAACUUCCUCGAGACCGUCGAGCUCCAGAUUGGUCUCAAGAACUACGAUCCCCAGAGAGACAAGCGUUUCUCCGGAACCGUCAAGCUCCCCCAGAUCCCCAGGCCCAACAUGUCCAUCUGCAUUCUCGGAGACCAGCACGAUAUCGAUCGUGCCAAGCACCACUCCUUCGAGUCCAUGUCUGUUGAUGACUUGAAGAAGCUCAACAAGAACAAGAAGCUCAUCAAGAAGCUUGCUCGCAAGUACGAUGCCUUCAUCGCCUCUGAGCAGCUCAUCAAGCAGAUUCCCCGUCUCCUCGGACCCGGUCUCUCCAAGGCCGGAAAGUUCCCUACCCCGGUCUCCCACGCCGAGGACCUUGCCGCUAAGGUCACCGACGUCAAGAGCACCAUCAAGUUCCAGCUCAAGAAGGUUCUUUGCUUGGGUGUCGCUAUCGGAAAUGUUGGCAUGACUGAGGACCACUUGAUCGGAAACAUCAUGUUGGCCAUCAACUACCUUGUCUCUUUGUUGAAGAAGGGAUGGCAGAACGUUGGAAGCCUGACUAUCAAAGCUUCCAUGUCUCCCCCUAAGCGCCUUUACUAG